AUGUUUUUGCUCAUAACAAUCCUCCUGAUUCCAGCUGUUGCACCUCCGUCUGCACAAGGGCAGUUUCCUACGGCAUGUAAAAAUCGUUCAAGUCUGAAAAACAGAGAAUGUUGUCCUGUACCACAAGGCUUCACCGCCCCUUGUGGUAGCGAUGUAUGGCCUAACCCUCUUUAUACCAGAGUGUGCAAAUGCAAUGCGAACUUUGGUGGUUACGACUGCGGUGACUGUAAAUUCGGCUAUCAUGGCACAAAUUGUGACCAAAAGACAAUCUUGAGGCGAAAAAAUUUCCAGACAAUGUCAGACGAGGAGAAAGACCGCUAUAUGCGAUACGUCAACAUGUCGAGGUAUGAAUCAGAACUGAGUUAAUGAAUAAAGAGAGCCCAUAACUCACUUUUGGAAGUAGAACUCUAUUUUACUUUAUCCUUUUGCUUGGCCAAGUACAAUAGGAAAGGCACUUAAAAAAGACGCAGAUGACUGAAAUUAAAAAUAUAAGAAGGGGGAAUAGUUACAGGCAGUGACCAUGAGCGACGUUACAGAGAAACGCAAGUCACAGUUAUGGCGAACACCGAAAACAGGAAAAAAUAGUUGUAACGUUGCACAUGUUACAAGUGUUAUCCAGUGCUAAUAACCUUAUGGAAUGUGUUCUUCCGUUCCGUUUAGAGAGAAAUUCGCCUACAUCGUCUUCGGUAAGCCGUGAACUCUUUCAUCAUUAGUUCCUAAACCAAAACAGCUAGGCUGCCUCACCAUCACGAAAAAUUGAGGUUGCGAUUGUAUAUUGGGGCAUUAUACCAUUGUCUCAAGGUAUAUUGCUCGUAUCUUUCAAAUAUAGUCAGCGCCUGGUGGGUACAUAUUAAAUGAACAGUGAUGAAUAAUAAUUACAAAGAAUGAAUAACUGAACUGAACUGAAAGAAUAAAUCAGGAUGUUCAAAGGGAGUAUCCGAAAAUGCAAAAAUUUCGGUAAUGUUAAAGAUAACGUUAUUAUCGAUUAUUGUACGGGCUACAACUGUAGUUACGCAGUGCUUCAAAGGGUUCAAUGCAAGGAAUAUAAUCUCCAAUUCAUGUUAUUAUGUAAUUCAUGUAUCUACUUCGCCCACGCCAUUAAAAUUGUUUGAUAUAUUGUCAUUUCCUCUUCGCACAAUACACUUGUUUUCCGCAGGUUUGCUAUCAGCGAUUAUAUGGUGACGAAGGCUGCGUACGAUGAAAUACGGAAUGAAAGUGACCACGGGGGAGACCCUACAGGACUUUUCUCCAACAUCACGGUUCAUAACUUGUUUGUUUGGAUGCACUACUACUCAACAAGGUACACUUUUUUUCCAGAUGAACGCGGUACCCAGUCUGGAAUUGACGUUGCCCACGGAGGGCAAGGGAUCGUCACUUGGCAUCGAUUGUACUUGUUGUUCUUCGACAGAAGCCUUCAAAAAAUGACCCAUGACAAAAGCUUUCCUGUGUCUUAUUGGAAAUGGACUAAAAAUAAAGAAACCUGCACAAUUUGUACUGAAAAGCAUCUUGGCGUCACCAAUGUGACCACAGGCAGAGUAACAGGAAAAUAUUUUACGUCUGGGAGUGUCAUUUUCACCGAAGAGCAAACCCGAGGCAUGACUCGGAUGUGCAACUCGUCUGAUAAAAAAUAA